AGCUUAGAAAUCGAGGAGAAAAUUAACAAAAUAAGAUGGUUACCUCAACAAAACGCUGCACACUCUCUGCUCUCGACGAACGACAAAACCAUCAAGCUGUGGAAAAUCAGCCAACGGGACAAAAGAGCAGAAGGCUACAACUUGAAAGACGAGGAUGGAAGACUGAGAGAUCCUUUUAGAAUCACGUCGUUACGGGUGCCUGUGCUGCUGCCUAUGGACCGGAUGGUGGAGGCUAGUCCGAGGAGGAUAUUCGCUAACGCACACACAUAUCACAUCAAUUCUAUCUCUGUAAACAGUGAUCACGAAACGUACCUUUCAGCUGAUGACCUCAGGGUUAACCUCUGGCAUUUAGAAAUCACAGAUAGAAGUUUUAACAUUGUAGAUAUAAAGCCUGCCAACAUGGAGGAGCUGACAGAAGUCAUCACAGCUGCAGAGUGCCAUCCACACCAGUGUAAUGUAUUUGUGUACAGUAGCAGUAAGGGGACCAUCCGCCUCUGUGACAUGCGAGCUGCUGCCCUCUGUGACAGGCAAAGCAAAUGUAAGUCGGUAAUAUCGUUGGGGUUGAUGACCAGAGACUACCUGUCAGUCAAGGUGUGGGAUCUGAACAUGGAAAACCGGCCUGUGGAGACUUAUCAGGUGCACGAGUACCUCCGUAGCAAGCUCUGCUCGCUGUAUGAAAACGACUGCAUCUUCGACAAGUUCGAGUGCUGCUGGAACGGUGCUGACAGUGCCAUCAUGACGGGCUCCUACAACAACUUCUUCCGGAUGUUUGACCGGAACACGCGGAGGGACAUCACGCUGGAGGCCUCUAGAGAGAACAGUAAACCUCGGGCCAUCCUGAAGGCUCGCAAGGUGUCCACCGGUGGUAAGAGGAAGAAGGAUGAGAUCAGCGUAGACAGUCUGGACUUCAACAAGAAGAUCCUACACACCGCGUGGCACCCAAAGGAGAACGUCAUCGCUGUCGCCGCCACCAACAACCUCUACAUAUUCCAGGACAAGAUCAACUAAACUUAACAACCCCCCCCCGAAACUGUUCCGACCCUCCCUGAACCCAGCCAUCAUACCUACCUACCGCGAAUGGACAGAAACCUCGUACGUUGCAUAGUUAAAGAAUAGUCGUUAAAUCUGUUUAAGGAAACAACAACAGCCUUGUCUGUCCUCCUAAUGAAGAAGAAAUGUGAUGCACUUGUUUCGUUGUGUAGCCAGCCAGCCAGACGCCUGGUCGCCUGCUGGAGUCAGACGGCCUGUUUCUUUAGAGUCUGAGGUGUUGGUUGGUUGGUUUGCGUCCCCUGUCUCGUUGUGAGGGCAGACGGAGGCAGGCAGGAGCUCCAGGUCUGACUCUGGACAGACUUACCCAGGCCUCACUGCAACAGAAAGAUCAAUGGACAGCGGCUCGACGAAGAGGGCCAAAAAAAAAUGUCAGUUUAAAGUUUAGUGUAUUUAUUUAAAAGUCUGAGCCUUGUUUGACUUCCUUCGAUGACACAUUAUGGAAUAAGGAGGAAAUGUGUGUUGGAAGAUGAGAUAUUAGUCUCUCAACUGUAAAUCUGGGCCUUGGAAGAAACUGAAAUUAAAUUAGCUUAAAUAAAGUAAGGUUGCAAAUUCCCAGGUAACUUUCCGAAAAAAUUCCCAAAGUUUUCCAGAACUCCCAUUUGGAAGAUUCCCAGAAUCUAAAAGGAAAUUAUCCGGGAAUCCUGCCAACUAGGAUGCUGGGAAAGUUAGGGGAAAUGUUGCAGCCUUACUGAUAACAUUCCUCCUCCCUGUCCGACUCUCUCAGGCCUCCGUGUUGGACCUGGUUAAGCUCUUCACAGGUCUCCAUGUUUGGUCAGUGGACAAUUGAUUUUGGGUUUUUUUUUUUUUUAAGUUUUUGCUUAUUAUUAUUAUUUUUUUAGUUUUUAUCCUUUUUUUUCUUCUCAUGUAUAAUAACAUUUUACUCAUUGACUGUAUCUAUAUAACCGCACCGUCUGGUGUCAACCACUUAAUAAAAGUAACGAAAACCACACAA